GUCACCCUGGAGUGGUCUGUUCAAAAUAUUUAGAAAUGCCGGCGAAACGGAGGUUUGCAUCUCGUUUUCCUACGACCAGGAUCAAGAAAAUCAUGCAGUUAGAUGAAGAAAUUGGCAAGUUGACUGCUACUGUACCUCCAAUUGUCUCACGUUCUUUGGAACUUUUCCUAGAACAGUUGCUCAAUCAGGCAUAUCAGUUUACUUCGACUCGAAGUUCGAAGACAAUUAGCCCUGGGAUUAUGUAAAUUUAUAGUAGUUAACUCACAAUUUUGCAGUAAAUAUGUCAUAGAACACGAACCAAGCUUUUCAUUUUUACGUCCUCUGGUCGCUGAUGUCCCUGAACUUAAGCCUAAUAGUCGGAAGCCGAGUUAUUCCAAAGGCAACUGUGAUUCAGAUGCACAGUCUGAGAGCAGUGAUGGCUCCUCUUUUAGUGUUGAUGAAACGUCUCCUAGAACCCUAUCUUCAAAUGCAAAAAACCAACUCGACAGAAACGGAAACAAUCCCCAUGCUCCCGGACAGUUCAUAAGCGCACUCCUAUGGUGGAGAAGCUACACUCAAUGGAUCAGAAUCAUGAGUCUUCGUUAAAUUUAAUGCCAACCAAUAAAGCCAAUAAAAUUCGCAAAAAUGGUAGUAGUGUCAGUAGUUCUGAAACUGGUACUGUUCCAGUAGAUGGUUCUAGUGUUCGAAUGAAAGUCUAGUUGACUAUCAGUAUACUGAAGCAUAAUAUACUUGUUUUAGGUAUUUGUAUUUAUCACAUUUAUCUGAAUGCCAUAUGGAAAUAACCUGCUGGGUUACUCAUUGUAUCAAAGCUUAGAACCUUCAUUGUACAGCAGAAAGCCAUUGUAUACUUAUUCAGCUAUGUUGGAAAUAUAUGUUAUUGUCACAAAAGACCAUGAUUUUUCACAUGACUUGGAUUAUCAAUCUUUUAGUUAUCUAAAUAUGUCCUUAAUUAUUAAAAGACUACUUAGUUAAUUUGACUGUCAGUUUGCAUUGUUUCUUUUCAAUGUUGUAAAUUUUUGAUGAGACUUAAGAAUCUGUUACCUCUCGUUUACGAAUUAUGUAGUAGCAGAAUACUGUAUUAAACAGGUUUGAAAAUAAACGUUCUGCUCUGGAUGGUUUAAUUAUUCAUUCAUUCAUUCAUUCAUUCGCUCUUUGUAUUAACUAAGUGUUCUUGAAGAUUUUCUAACUUGCUGUUUUCGUGUAAGUUCCUGAUCGACAAAUGUGCCCAUUAUACAGUCAUCAGCUAGCACUUAUUUUUAUCUCGAUUAGUUCUUGACGGCUUUAGAAUGAGGUAUGCUUUUUUAUUGGUUGUUAUUUUCAGCAAAAUAAAAAACCAAACCUAAAAUAGUAGUGGAAUAAUUUUAAGCGAAGUUACCUGCGUUUCACUUUUGAACAAUAAGUGUAAAUGAGAUCUUGGGAUUUAGCUAACGGGUUAUGGUUAUGAUACCUAUGCUUUACACGAAGCUACAUGUGUUUUUAAGGAGCAAGAUAAUAAGCUGUUAUCGUCUUUACUCCUCACCAAGUUGAUAAAGAAGUAAUCUGCUUUCGGUCAACAAAUACAGUUUUGUAAAAGUAGUUUAUCUAUGUGGGUGAAAACUCGGACCUUUAAAGUAACAACUUUUAGUAUACGUAACAUCAUCAAGCAGGGAAGUACUUUUAGACCAAUUAGGUGGAAGUUAAAACAUUCACAUUCAAGGUGAUAAAGUUGUUGAUCAGAUAUACUUCUGUAUAUCUUACGACAGUUUUUUCACUUUGUUUAAUUACCUUCGGAGUACGUUGCCAAACAUAAAACGUUCAUACUUCAUUGGUUAUUUUUAAGUGCUCAUUGAUUUAAGGUAUUUAUGGGUAACUUUUGUAUUCUAAAAGUCUAACAGGUGGGUUAGAGAAAGGUUAAGGGUGGUCGCACUCACAUCAGUCAUCUGAGUCUUUGACUGUUAGUAUAAGCCACAUAGCGAAGUGUAUACUUCUUGGUUUGGCUAGACGACAGUUGGAUAUGACUCAGGCUCUUGAUCGUAGCAGUGUAGAUACUUCCAAAAUUAUGUUCAUUCUGACCAUGUCGUUAUUUAUGUUACCCCCUGUUCUAUUCUUAGAACUUUCUACGACUCUUGAUCACAAUUUAUUUCCUCCCAUCUUCAUCCUGCUGCCUUGUAUCGUGGUGUAAUAGCGCAAAUUGUGGCAGAUAGGUAAAUAAACAUCGAAUCUGGUCUAGAAGUGCAUCGGUUCCAGUUGCCACAGUUCACAACUGCACGCAGAGAAUAAUUG